AUGAGUUCAAUCCAGUCGCUCGGCCUGCACGAACCGAGCGCUGUGCCCUAUCUUGUUUCCGCUUCGAUACUUCCUCCUGAUCCAUCGCCUUCACUGUACAAAUGGACACUCUCGCGCGUAUACGAGAAAAAUGCCUCAAAAUUGGUGGAAGAGGAGAUUCUCAUCACAGCACAUUGCGUGGUGUGGUCCAGGAACGGUGCAAUUGAAAGAGCGCUGAACCUCAGUGUUGAAGGGGAGACUAUUCUCCAUGCCUUUGUCACCCGCUUUGGUCAGCCUGGUACUGGCCAGAACAGUGGCCAACACCAGAAUGAACGUGUGAAGCCUGGGGACCGUGGUCUAGUGGUGGUGUUCAAAACUCAGGUUCACAUAUUCCUUCUCUCAGGCGACAGCUAUGUUUUCCCUCUGUCCUUCGAGGUUGAGUCUGCGUUUCCGUAUCCAUGCGGGUUCAUACUACAGCGCAAACUAAGCGAUAGGGAAUCUGGUGGCUUCGUUGAACAUGUCCACCAUGACCUCAGCACCAUCAAUGAGACUCUGACGUCUAUCGGAGACAACAGCUCUCGACCAUCAUUGAUCUUGCCAGAGAAGCGGCCCUCGGAUCCUCGACCACUAUCUUCCAGCGCCAGUGGUAUGCCUAGGACCUUUUCAUUCACUGAAAUCAUGUCAGAACUCGGUCUCGUGGUGUGGAGCCCCAACCGGAAAGGCGAAGCCCUCGAGGAAUGCAAUGCUCUCCCUCGUUCAGAGAAGUUAAUCUACAUCACUGCUGGCGACGAAGUCGGCUCUGAAAAGGCAAGUGAUCGACCGGUCUGCAUGGCAUUGACUUUCAACGAAAAAACUGCUACCUUCACUCUCUGGCAUGUAAGCGGAGAUGCCAUGAGCGAGCAACAACAAGCACGAAGCAAGCAGGAUGGUAACGCCAAAUCUCGCGCAUCUUUGAGGAAGAGUUCCAACAUCUAUGGCCGAGACCAUGGCACCCUCAGGGAAAGCCUUUUAGGCUCACGGCCUCCACACCCAGACGGUGGGCCGUUCUCGUCUUUGGAGGAGCAAAAGUCCUUUCCAGUAAAUGAUCUGGCUUCUCAACUAGGGCCCGAAUUUGGCGACGUCGGAGUGCAAACCCGAUCAGCCCGCAGAGUCAGCUCAAUGCUGGCACGCACGGAUUUGGGUCCCGCAACCGAUCGAAACACAUUCAAUGACCUUGCAAUGGGCCAUGCAGGCCGACAGAGUCUGAAUCGGGCGGGCAGACGAGGCGAGUCAAUCGGCAGCUUCAAUGAUCGGCAGAGCUUUGGUUUUCGACGGAGGAGCUCCUUCCCGACAAAUGCAUCGAUCCUAAGUAAUGGAACUUCAUUCUUGGAUAUUUCGGCUCGGGCUCUGUUAGAGGAGUUUGACCCAUUACGGCAAUCCACGCGCCUCGAAGAUGAUACCUUUGACGGCCCAGAAACUAAUUUACCUAAGAGCGUCGGUUUCUUCAAGGUCAAAAGCUUCCCCAGACGGCAGUCAGCUCCCGAGUCCAAAUCAGCAUUCGAAACAAAAGUUUUGCAGCUGAGCAGGGGCACCUCAUUCGAGCAGGAUGGUAAGCAGACAAGGGACGUCUACCUUUGCGUACUGGACAAGAGCACACAGGAAAUGACCAUCAUCAGGGUUUUGGUCAAACGACAUAUCUACGGCGGUACAAGAAAAUCGACCGUGUCCGAGCAUUCUUUGGAGCUCAAAGCUGUUGAAGUCCGCAGCUUACCGGGCAUAAAGGACGCCUGCACAGUCGUGGAUAGAUCUAUUCAGCGAUUAGUCGUCCUAACACAGUCCCGGUCACAGAUGAUUGGCUUGCAGCUCGAGUCGCCAUGGUCUCCGUCUUUCCAAAUCGGACUUCCUGUUCGAUACGCAAUCUACGACCCGCUUGUGAGCCCUCAGCCAUAUAGCCCUAGGAAAGACAAAGACACGGGAAUCAGGAGGGCCAUACCGGCGAAAGAUGUACAAAUUCAAGCCUUGUUUGACUCGGGCAUUCAAGCACAGAUCUACGUUGUUGAUCAAGACAAGCGCCGACAUGCGCUGGGAAUCCAACUUGCUCCUCAAGAUCCUCUCGUGCAAAAGGUUCUCAACAUGUGCAACAUGGUGCUAGGUCCAAACCAACAGGAAAGCCUUCUCGUUGCCUUUUGGGAGGUGGCGAGGUGGUUGAAAGGCAGGGAAACACCAGUGACCUCUGAAUGGACUGCACUGCUGGUAGUGCUCUUCUCGCUUGGGGUGCCUUUCAUCAGCAGUCAGCAUUCGCAGUCCACACCAACGCGUCGUCGGACCAAAACUGCUUUUCUUCGGUCCAGUAGCGGAAGUGCCAUCGACCUUACUAAUUACAACCUCAUGCAUCAUGCGGGGGACGAAAUGCCCCAAGCAUUAGGAAUGCAAGCGCCUGCUUGGGAAUGGAUGUCUCAGAAACCCCUCGAAACAGCAACAGUCACUCCAAAAUCAAAGCACUCAAGGGCGGCCAGUGCCACAUCUUUUCAAGAACGUGCCCCGGAGAAGAAGAACGCGUUUCUGCUCACAUGCAUCGCACUGGCAAGAGAGUAUACCCAGACUGCCAUCGGGGAAAGCGCCCUUGGACCGGAGGGCUAUUUGCCAACUUCGAUCAACAGAGAGCGAGAACAGCGAUGCAAUGCCAUACCCAGCAUUUUGCUCGGACUUCAUCUCCUUUACGAGGAAGACAAACUCAACACACUGGCAAAUCCUGGCCGGAAGGAUACAAGAACCCAUUUAUUGGUCGCUCUCGUACAGCUGGGUUUGUGGCUAGGAUGGACAGACUGGACCGCUGGGAGCAACACUUACUACGGGCACGAAUCAGCACAAGUCGCUGAAUACGUGUUCGACAACUCUUUACUCGAUGGUCUCCGAAUUCCAGCCCAACCAUUUCCACCGCCGUCGAUCUACGAGCAUUAUGAAAAGUGGAUCAAAGGAAUUUCACCUGCUCCAUUUUUGACCUUGACUCGUUUAUCUGGUUUGCCGGAGCUGAGCAACCAUGACCAUCCAUUGUGGUGGCAGGCAGCAAGUCUGACGCCCCGAACGUUAGAACUCCUGACCUUCAUGGAUCAAGCUAAGGACCAGCUCAGUCCCCACAAAGCAGUCGCAGCUUUGCUUCGGUCAGGCUUGAACGAGCGCAUCUUGAGCACUCUUCCUGACGGAGUAGCUGCCGCAUUCCAUCAAACAAUUGCAUCAUACCGGUAUAGGGCGGACAAAAUUGGAGACCAGGUGAAUCAACUGAUCCUGGGACGCGAUGCUGCAUCGCACCGAGGUUACGAUCUAUCUCACCAUUCGUACAAGCCACACUUGGUGCUACCACCAUCACACGAAGCUGUAAAGGACUAUCACACCGUGUGCUCCUCUGCAACCGAGACGGAAACCCUUCAAAGAUGGGACGCAUCUUCUGAAGCCGACCGACAUGCUAUUAGCCGGUUGAUAUUUAACGAGGACCGUCGCUUCUCAGAAGCUUCUAAGCUUGUCAAUCAGAGCCGACCUCCCGUCGUGGAGUGCACACCCGAGCCUGGCUGGAGUGAUGUGGACAUGUUAGAGGCGCAAAAGGAACUAGCACAGUAUGUCACCCUCAGAACAUUGUCUGUGGCUGCAGGGCGAGGUAUGAUGCAUUUUAGUGGGCGCGUCCCCUUGCUCACAGAAAGGGUGCCCUCGCCCGCAUUCAGUCUGCAAUGUAUCAUGAAACCUCGUAACGCGAGUGAGGGGGCUCAAGCCAUGACUUUCAGCGCCGACAAAGCCACCUAUACAGAAGAGAAGGUGUGUUGGGCAUUCUUCCACAACGGCGCUUCGACGGGCCUCAUGAUCUCGACCGAUGCCAAAGGAAUCAACACCUCGUGGAUACAAUUCAACAAGCCGCCUGACUUGACAAACCGUCAUGCUGGAUUCUUGCUUGCUCUUGGUCUCAACGGACAUCUGCGAACACUAGCCAAAUGGGUUGCAUUCAAGUACCUCACCCCCAAGCACACGAUGACAUCCGUCGGACUCUUACUCGGACUAUCAGCCUCUUUCCUAGGGACCAUGGACACCUUGAUCACACGGCUGCUCUCGGUCCACGUCACACGUCUACUGCCGCCUGGCGCAGCCGAACUCAAUCUAUCUCCGUUGACACAAACCACUGGAAUUAUGGGGAUUGGGCUUUUGUAUUGUAAUUCUCAGCACCGUCGCAUGUCUGAAGUCAUGCUGUCAGAAAUUGAGAACGAUGAUCCCGAGGAGGGUGUUGCAUUGGACAACGUGCUUCGCGAUGAGGGUUACCGCCUGGCCGCCGGAUUUUCGUUAGGGCUCAUCAAUCUCGGGCAGGGCAAACGCCUUCAUGGACUCCAUGAUAUGGGUGUUGUUGAACGCCUUCUCACCAUCGCCGUGGGCACGAAGAAUGUGAAUAUGGUCCAUGUCCUCGACCGUGCAACGGCAGGUGCUGUCAUGGCCAUCGCUUUCAUUUUCAUGAAAACCAACGAUAGAGCAAUCGCGCAGAAAGUCGAUAUUCCAGAUACAUUGCACCAGUUCGACUAUGUGCGACCAGAUAUAUUCCUUCUUCGGACUCUUGCGCGGCACCUGAUCAUGUGGGACUCGAUUCAACCCACGGACGCUUUUAUCGGUAUGUCGCUUCCCGAGCCCUACAGGUCGAGAAUCGAUUUGAAGGCUACGAAGUUUCUCAGCACUGAAGACAUGCCGUUCUUCAACAUUAUUGCCGGGGUCUGUUUUGCCAUUGGACUGAGAUUUGCGGGCUCUCAACGACAAGACGUUCGCGAUCUUCUCGUCUCUUACUUGGACAAUUUCAUCCGCCUAAGCCGUCUGCCUGCGCAUAACUACGAUGCACAAAUUACCCUCAACAGCGUACGCAACUGCCUCGACACCCUAGCCCUGGCUUCAGCCACCGUUAUGGCUGGUUCAGGCGAUUUAGUCGUUAUGCGCCGUCUGCGUGCUCUUCAUGGACGUACCGAUAAAGAUACGCCGUUCGGAAGCCAUUUAGCGGCACAUAUGGCGCUUGGUGCAUUGUUCCUAGCUGGCGGCACACGGACCUUUGGAACCUCAAAUCUAGGAAUUGCGAGCCUGUGUAUCGCCUUCUAUCCGAUCUUUCCAAAUGACGUCCUCGACAACCGCGGCCAUCUUCAAGCUUUGCGGCAUCUAUGGGUGCUUGCUGCCGAGGGGCGCUGUCUCGUGGCAAGAGACGGUGAUGCAGGCGGCUCUGUCUCGGGUGGCAUAACCGGCCGCAUCAACCUGAAAAAUGGUGAGACGCAGACAAUCCCCUUGCCAGGAUUGAUACCAGAAUUCGACACCAUUAAAUCCAUAGACAUCAAGGGCGAGGGCUUCUGGGAUGGUCACCUCGACUUUGAAGCUGGAGGUCAAGCGCUGCGAGAAAAGAUCAAGAGCGAAAAUGCCGUGAAUGUGGUCCUUCGGCGCCGGACAGUCUACGACGAGCCCCCGAAGAAUCUUUUCAUGGCGGAAUUGCAAGCAAAGGCUUUGGCAAUGGGAAUUCCAAGUAUUGAUCCCAAUGCUUUUCCUUCCUAUAUUAGUACGUUCGCCUCCAGCUCUGUACCUGGAGCUGGCAUUGCUGCGAGCGCCGCGAGGUCGACAACUCCGAACCCAUUCGAGUGGAUUUUCGAGAUUGGGCCUCUCAGGGACUUUGACCAUGCGGAACGAGCGCUGAUUCUGGGUCCCACACCGAUAGAUGGGAAGGAAACGAGCAGAGCUACAGUUGUGGAUUCCCGACUCGAGUUUGAACAAGGAGUUCUCCCUCGGAACGAUCCUGUGAGCCAAAACGGUGGGACGGGCAAUGGUCAGAUUGAUAAGGACAAACUGUGGCAGUUGAGGUUGUUGUUCGCCUGGUUGGAUCGAUGGGAAAGAGAGGAUGAGGAGCAUGAUCGGAGAAAACAAAUAACCGAGCGGGUUGAGGGAAGUCCUAGAGGGGGGGACCGUGGCAAUGACAACGCGGACAAAUGGUUCUCGGACAGGGGAGGGACCUGGCUGAGAAGAGAGGUGAUCGAGAAGCUGAAGUGGAGGGUGUGGAAUUUGACGACAGGGUCCAACGACGAGGAUUAUGGGGCGAGAGACUAUGACGCCAACGAGAUGUUGUGA